AUGGAUGAUCUGCAGAGACUUAUAAAAGAAAUUAAAACAGAUUUUAGUACAAAAUUAAUUUCAAUAGAAUCACAGUUUUCUCAAUUAGAAGAAAGAAUGACCUCAAAAAUCAAUUCAAAUAUAAAUGAAAAAUUCCAGGAACUGAGCAACAAAUACGAUAAUUUACAAACACAGGUUUUAGAUCAAGAAAAAAGAAUAUUCGCACUCGAAAAAGCAAACAAACAAAGAAAUUUAGUAUUUUUUGGAGUUGAAGAGGGAGAAUUAACAUACUUUGAGUUACAGGAAAAAAUUAUACAUAUAAUAAAAAAUCAAAUGAAAAUUGAUAUACAAGACUUCGAACUUGAAUCAGUAAGAAGGCUUGGUAAAAGAGGAAUUAACAUCAGACCUGUUGCUGUAGCCAUAACUACGCUAGGCAAAAAAAUUAAAAUAUUGCAAAACAAAAAACAGCUUAAAGGAUCGAACAUCUACGUCACAGAAGAAUAUACAGAAAGAGUAUUAAAAAUUAGAAAAACUCUAAAAGCACAACUACAACAAGAAAUUGAAAAAGGGAACGUGGCUUACAUAAAAUAUGACAAACUCAUAAUAAAGGAAAGAAAAGAUGUACACCCAAAUAAAAGACCACUCUCUUUAUCACCACCGUCGCCACACCAAACAACCAAUCUACAUAUCGCUCCUCUAAACCCAGAAAAAGAUUCCAGAAACAGUGAAAAUAUAAGAAUUAAUAAGAAACAUAGAUCGAGCCUUAACCAAAUGACAUCAUAUUAUUAUAAAAUUAACAAUAAAGAAUCUCGGAAUGAACACUCAACAGAUAUAUGA